CAUAGCAUGCAAACAAACAGUACUGGGUAGAACUAAAUAAGAUAGCAUUGAUUAUUGAAUUAUUUCCGUGUUUUGGUAAACGUAAGUUUACAGGUAAGCCCCUUUGAUGAAUCACAGCUGUCUAUGUCGUUGAAUUGUGACGUCACAGUAUAGCAGUUGUGACGUUGGUUAGUUUACACUUAUUGCAUGUCAUUUGUUUAGCUUCAGGCAUUUUAAGCAAAGUAGUGUUUAGCGAAUAUCUCUUAAGAUAGGAAAGCCUGGCCAUAGCGAUUUAUGGCCAUGUAAACAGUAACACUUAACUGACCCCCAAAAUGUCUACUAUGCGAAGACGAAAGCCCAAUGACCUGAUCACGGACAAGGGCGACGAUGGCUCCACAGCAACAAAACCCACUUCCCUGACAGAUCCGGGUCUCUUCAGCGAUGACGAAGAAGAACGAGAUACCGCCAGUCAUACUUCUACUGUCGAUAGAAGCAGCAUCGCUUCUACUUCCAAGCUAAAUCCUCGGGAACCCAGAGUGGUUUCAUUUUUUGAUAAUGCGGAUGGUCAUUCGUUGGACGACAACGAUGAGAUCGGCGGAGAUAUUGAGCGCUUUACAAAUUCCAUACAGAUUGCUGAUGUGAACAAGAUCGAUCACGCAGGUCUCAUAAAAGAGAUGCACGAUAGGUUCAAAAAGAAAUCGCAGAAGUGGGAAAGGGAAGCUGUUUCUUAUACUCGCUGGUCGUUUGGCAUCAACUUUUUUAUCCUUAUGAUGCAAAUGUGCCAAAUGCUUAUACAUCAGCUGGCUGAAAUAUUUGACAUAACCUCAAAACGUGCUCAAGUGAGACAGAGCAUUGUGCCCCGGUUUGGGUUUUACCGACGCCUGGCUCUCCAAGAUUCUCGAUACAAUGUGACUUAUUGGACGCAGGCCGCCCAGUGUCUCAUCGCUGCACUAACUGCACUGAUUGCUGGACUGCAGAUGAAGCUGAAGCUGACUGAAAAGGCAGAGCGUUACAGACGGGGUGCCAAAGCGUACGGUCGACUGCUACGCCUUAGCACAUACUACCUGAUGCUGCUCGAAAAUGGCGGCAAACUAGAAGAUGUUACUGACCUGUGGAGAGAAGCGAUGAGGAAAGAAGGGAAAUGGAUACCGAUGGUGAAGACCUUCAUGACGAUGUGAUGUCGGUUCAUAAUCCGUUACUCCUAAAAUACACUUUUUGUGGCGCAAUACAAAACCUAUAUACCAGU